AUGAGUUCGAACUUGAUCCUUACAUUCCUCCUCGGGCACUGCAUUGCCGAGCCUGCACUACAGAAGAUGCUACAAGACGCAUUACAACGGGCGACCCAGGAAGCCCAACAAAUGGCUCGCUACCAGAUGGAAGUCGACGUUGAAGACGAAAUACUCUCGCGUAGUUCCCGCUUUUCGAGAUCAGAUCUUUGUGUUGCCCAGAAACAUAGAAUAUCGUACCCAUUGUUCGUUCACAAGUACGUUUGCCCGCUGCUGAGAACAUAUAUGAGCGACUUCUGCCAGGGACGCGGAGACGAAUGCUUCAAGUGCUCGACUACAGACAUCACGACUAGACAGCAUUGGCAUGUGCUCAAAUGCAGACCAUCGACAACAGCUCCUCAUGACAUUUGUUCUCAAGCCGCGAUUGACUCCGCGUUUUGCUCCGGUUCCUCACCUCAGUGUCCGCUUACUUUCUACGACACGGGCGACGUUCAACCCGAAUUCCGCAAAACUUGUUGUAUCCAGCAGCUUAAUCUUGGACAAACUCUUUCUUGCAACGCAGCAUCUACGACUUUUCAGAAAGAGACUCUUGAAUUGUGA